AACCCCCUCUAGCGCCGAGCGCCCUGCACAGAUGCGCGCAGUCUCCCCGCGUAUACCCGCCGCUUGUGCUGCUCCUCCGCACGCCGAAACCUUCCUCCGUUCCUCCGUUCCUCCGUCCACCGGCUCCUGCGACCCCAUCCGGCCGCUGCAGCAACACCGGGCUGGAGACAGCGAGCCGGCGGUCCGCGCGCCGCAUCGCGGUGCCAACGAGGAUUCCCAAAAAAGUCCGUCACGACUCUGUGCGCCACGGAGACGCGCUUGUUUCGGCAUGGACAUUUUCAGAUUCUCCCGGAAAACGACGCAACAUCGGGGGACUGUGAAGUCCGCGGGAAAUGUGCGAAGUUAUCACGAGCUGUAGGUGUUUCUCACCUGUCUGAUUUUUUAUUUGUUUUUUCGUUCACUUUCGAUAUAUUUGGCACACUUUAUACUAAAUCCUUCGGUUUGCGCGCCAUCGCCGCCGGUAUGGAUCCCGUCGUGUUCCGUUCGGGUUUCUCCCACCGGAACCGAAUGUAAGGACCAUUGGAUCGGUGCUCGCGGUGGAUCCAGCCGCGCUUUAUCUCAGACCACCUCUCGGCUAGAAGUACCUCCUAUAAGGUCCGACGUGUUGCAGCAGACAUGACUUUUGGAAACAGAUAUUUGCUCGUUUCACUCUUUCUCGGAUUUUCCCUCACUCGCUUCAGCUCCAGCAACCAAGUCGUGCUGCUGGAUACGACGUCGGUGCUCGGAGAGCUCGGAUGGAAGACGUAUCCUAUAAACGGGUGGGAUGCCAUCACGGAGAUGGACGAGCACAACCGACCCAUCCACACCUUCCAGGUUUGCAACGUGAUGGAGCCCAACCAGAACAACUGGCUUCGCUCCAACUGGAUCUCCCGGCAGGCCGCCCAAAAGAUCUACGUGGAGCUUCGCUUCACCCUGCGCGACUGCAACUCCAUCCCGUGGGUGUCCGGCACCUGCAAGGAGACCUUCAACCUCUUCUACCACGAGACCGACGAGUCUCACAGUGUCAAAUUCAAGCCCCCGCAGUACACCAAGAUAGAUACCAUCGCCGCCGACGAGAGCUUCACUCAGAUGGACCUCGGAGAUCGCAUCCUCAAGCUCAACACGGAGGUGCGCGAGGUGGGACCCAUGACCCGGAAGGGCUUCUAUCUGGCGUUUCAGGACAUCGGCGCCUGCAUUGCUCUGGUUUCAGUGAGGGUUUACUAUAAGAAAUGUCCGUUCACGCUGAGGAACCUGGCCUCGUUCCCCGACACGGUGCCUCGUGUGGACUCUUCGUCGCUGGUGGAGGUGCGGGGGGCUUGUGUCGACCACGCCGAAGAAAGAGACACACCCAAACUGUUCUGUGGAGCUGAUGGAGACUGGUUGGUCCCUUUGGGAAGAUGCGUCUGCAGCGUUGCGUAUGAGGAGGUUGACGGCGCAUGUGCUGCAUGCCACCCGGGCUUCUACAAGGCCUAUGCCGGGAACACCAAGUGCUCAAAGUGCCCUCCGCACAGCGUGAGCUACGGAGAAGGGGCUGCCGCGUGCCGCUGUGAGACGAGCUUCUUCCGGGCGGAGAGAGAUCCUCCAACAAUGGCUUGCACACGCCCUCCAUCUGCACCACGCAACGUGAUGUCUAACCUGAACGACACCUGCUUGGUCCUGGAGUGGUCUCCUCCCGGCGACACCGGGGGCCGCUGGGAUGUCACCUACAACGUCCAGUGCAAGCGCUGCGGCCCCGGCCCCGAGCAGUGCCACUUCUGCGAGGAGGAGCUCCGUUUCCUGCCGCGACCUUUGGGCCUGACCAACGCCACGGUCACGGUCAUGGACUUCUCAGCGCACGCCAACUACACCUUUGAGAUCGAGUCCCUCAAUGGUGUUUCGGAGCUGAGCUCCUUCCCCCGACAGGUGGCCGUCAUCACCGUCAGCACCGAUCAGGGUGGUCCGUCUCUGGUUGGGACUCUGAAGAAGGACUGGGCUUCUCCAAACAGCAUCGCUCUCUCUUGGCAGCAACCGGAACAAACAACACAGCUCAUCCUGGACUACGAGAUCAAAUAUUAUGAAAAGGAACACGAGCAGUUGAGCUACUCGUCCACACGCACCAAAGCUCCCAGUGUGAUCAUCUCAGGCCUAAAACCAGCCACCUGGUACGUCUUCAGCGUACGGAGCCGCACGCCAGCCGGAUACAGCUCCUACACGCCGAAAUAUGAGUACAAAACCGCCGGAGACUCAUCAGACCUCGCCUCUGACCAGGGCCAGGUGUUGGUCAUCGUCACGGCAGCGGUCGGUGGCUUCACUCUCCUCGUCAUCCUCACCCUCUUCCUCCUGAUCACUGGGAGGUGUCAGUGGUACUUUAAGGCCAAGAUGUCUACAGAAGAGAAAAGGAGGACAGAUUAUCAGAAUGGACAAGUCCCUUUCCCGGGAAUAAAGACGUACGUGGACCCUGAUACAUACGAAGACCCGACACAGGCUGUCCACGAGUUCACCAAGGAGAUCGACCCCUCCAGGAUCCGCAUCGAGAGGGUCAUCGGAGCCGGUGAGUUCGGCGAGGUGUGCAGCGGCCGCCUGAGAACACCGGGGAAGAAGGAGAUCGCCGUGGCAAUAAAGACACUGAAGGGCGGAUACGUAGAGCGCCAAAGGCGGGACUUCCUGCGCGAGGCGUCAAUCAUGGGCCAGUUUGACCACCCCAACAUAAUCAGGCUGGAGGGCGUCGUCACUAAAAGCCGGCCUGUGAUGAUUGUGGUGGAGUACGUGGAAAACGGAUCACUGGACUCAUUUCUGAGGCAACAUGACGGCCACUUCACCGUCAUCCAGCUGGUCGGCAUGCUGCGUGGCAUCGCCUCGGGCAUGAAGUACCUGUCCGACAUGGGCUACGUGCACCGAGACCUGGCGGCUCGGAACAUCCUGGUCAACAGCAACCUGGUGUGCAAAGUGUCCGACUUCGGCCUGUCCCGUGUGCUGGAGGACGACCCGGAGGCCGCCUACACCACCACGGGAGGUAAGAUCCCCAUCCGAUGGACGGCUCCAGAGGCCAUCUCAUACAGGAAGUUCUCCUCGGCCAGCGACGCCUGGAGUUAUGGCAUCGUCAUGUGGGAAGUGAUGUCAUACGGGGAGCGGCCAUACUGGGAAAUGUCCAAUCAGGAUGUGAUUCUCUCAAUUGAAGAAGGAUACCGGCUGCCUGCGCCGAUGGGAUGCCCUGUGGCCCUGCACCAGCUGAUGCUGCACUGCUGGCAGAAGGAGAGGAGUCAUCGGCCCAAAUUCACUGAUGUUGUUUCCUUCUUGGAUAAACUGAUCCGUAACCCCAGCAGCCUGUUGCCGCUGGUAGAGGACAUUCAGAGUCUUCCCGAAUCUCCGGGGGAGGAGAUGGACUACCCAAUGUUCAUAUCCAUCGGCGACUGGCUGGACGCCAUUAAGAUGAGUCAAUACAAGAGCAAUUUCAUGGCAGCUGGCUACAACACAUUGGAUUCUGUUGCAAGGAUGAGUAUCGAAGAUGUGAGGCGUAUAGGGGUGGAGCUGAUCGGCCACCAGAGGCGGAUCUCCAGCAGCGUGCAGACCCUCCGCCUUCAGCUGCUGCACGAACAGGAGAAGGGCUUCCAUGUAUGAGGGCGCCCCGUGACACGACCUGGGAUGGACGGAUGGAUGGACCAGAGGGAAGUGAAGUCUAGACCACUGGACAGACGCUCCACGGCCGGUGCCUGAGUCUCAGCCCCCCUCGUACAGGAGGUCACCGGACGGACCACCACUCCGCAGACUGACCCCCUGGUCUCCCUCACGUCCAGCAGUAACAGACGCUGUACACCCAACACCCAGUGUGACUGGCUCUGCCAGACUGUCGCGGCCCGAUGGACUUCAAAGACUGGCCCCGGCCUUCUCUUAGGGGAAUGUAAUGCCUUGUUGCAGCAGCAGUCAUUUGUGUGGAGCAACAAUAUCUAGAUGUAGAUUUUCAAACAUAAUCUACUAAAUCUUCAAUUUUCCUUUUGUUGCUCCAAGUGAUGUGCUCAUUUAGCUGCUAUUGGUUGUGCAAACAAAAAGUAUUUGGAAAACGUAUUCUCGAUAUCUUUUAUUUUGGAGUUUGGUCAUUUAUAUAUCAUGAUUGGUAUAAUUUGCAUUGCUUUAGUUUAACCAGAACAUCUGGUGUGCUAAUACUUGAAGAAAGAAGUGAGAAGCAAGUGACAGAGAAUUCUUGAAUGUUUAAAAGUGUAUAGACAAUUAAUCAAUAAUUAUUAUCAUAACCUAAUAUCUAUAUAUGUGCAGUCCUGUAUGUGAAAGCCCUAGUAAAUCUGGUUCUUAUUCAAGAUGUUUUAUUUAUUGAAGAUUUUUAUCCAAAUCAGCAAUACAGUAUUAUGCAGUCACCUCGGUAUCUCAGAGAGAAAUGAAGAAUUGUGCAAUGGCAGAACUGUUGUUGACUUGUUGUAAACAUGAGGGUUCACCCCCCCACCAUCCACCUUUAUCGUCACAUGCUGAACUCGUGGAACUGGAUCUGUUGCCUUCAGAUGAACAACCAUACAAGUCCAUUCCGACGGUUAUCAGCGACCAGCGUGCUCACAGUCGUGUGAUAAGCCUGAUACGUUUUUCUGAUUGUGUUACACGUUGCCUGAAAGUACACAAUCUCCACCGUCUUAACAUAUGAAUGUUCACGGAGCUUAGACAGGAGGUGUUCGAAACCGUCUGGAAACGUACCACGGGCUUAUAUGGUUCUUCAGAACAAGCCGAAGUGCUUUCAUUUACAUUCAUGUUUGCUUUUUUUUUUAAUUCCGCUUGCACACGUGCACUAAUUCAGUGCACUUCUGGGAGUCAACUACUCCAGUAUGUUCUUAUGUUGCAUAAAGGUUGUGGCGUUAGUGGCAUUACGGCAAAUCGGUGUACAUAGACGUAGUGGGAAGUGCAAAACGUUGGAUCUGCAGUAGGUGAGUAGUCGAGUUGUGAAACGUUUAACAUUAAAAUGGGAAAAGUUCCUCAUUGGUUUAGUCAGUGGUGAAUAGGCAGUGCUGCAGGACAUAGUUAGCUAGUUGAGUUUGGGAAUAGCAGAAGUAGCCACAAGCCGGUGGAUGGAAAGAGGCGGUACACACAAACAGCAGCAUCACAACUGUGUCAUUCUAACAGCAACACACACACACACACAGAAUGCCUUACAGUCUGUUAACCAUAAGAGACAAACACUUUAGAGCGGUUCUUACGUUUCAGUGCCGUUACCGGACCUAGCCAACAGUUUGAGUUGUACUUACACCAUAUUCAAGAGAGGGGGGUGGGGGGGUCGCUUGAGGAUUAAUGUCGAAGGCAAACAGGAUCCAGAGAUCCGUUAUGCAUCGAGGCCUGCAGCAAUAGGAAGAAACACACACACACACACAGAUUAGCACGCACGCGCUCACUUUCACCACCCCCUCUACAGAGUACGGAGAAUAUCAGAUGCUGUUUGUUUAGCAUGUUCUACUGCUGAGCAAUGUUAGAACGUUCUUUUGUACAAAGUACAAGUAUACUUAUAAUUCUUGUAUUUUAUUUUUUUAUAAUUUCCAAAGAGAUGUUGUAGAUCUUGCACACUGUAAGAGGCGGUUACAGCGAAUAUUUAUUUGCAAAUAAAGAUAAACAGUUCUGGUG